AUGUCAACCCCUCACUAUCGCAAGAUCGAGCUCCAAUCGCCCGCAGACUUUACCUACCUCUACGCCAACACCGUCGCUCUCUCCCGCCAAAAGCUCGAUCUCCAUCUUCCCCCCUCGGCAAACACAAGCGAUGGACCAGAUCCCAUGCGAGAACGCGUGAAGGAAUUGGUCGACCAGUACAUCAAUCAAACAUUCACCACCGCCUCCGCCUCAAUCAGCAUCAACGGCCUCGACUCCUCCUCGUCACAGUUCCCCUUCCCCGCUGCAUUCACGCAACCAACAGAGACAAUCGAGUACGAGCCCUACGAUACCGAGCUCGCGGCACGCGUGACAUCGCUCUACGCCCAGCUGGAGUCACUUACCACCACAGUCGCGCAGUUGAGGCGGGAUGCGCCGGCGCGUGCGGCGAAGGCGUACGCAGAGCAAUUGAAGAAAGCUAUCGAGGAGGACGAGGAGGAUAUGGACGAGGACGAAGAUGUUGACGGUGAACAUGGGACUGAAAAUGAGGAUGGGGAUGGUGAGGGUGAAGAAGACGUCCCUAUGCCUGACGCGAAUGCACAAAUCACGACGCAGAAUGGACCACGCAGGCUGCGCCGGAGACCCUCGAAAUCGAAUUCUGCGCGGUGGAACUUGCAGAUUCCCCUCGGGUCGGAGCAUGAGGCGGAGCGCUGGCGCAGCGGGGAGAUGGCGGAGGUUUAUGACGAUGCGUUGCGGACUUUACUCCGGCUUCAGGGUGAGGUAGUCCCUGGCGAGCAAGUCGAGAGCGGGCCGGAUGGGAAUGCGCUGUCCUCGACGCUGGGCAAGGCUGAACGAGCGGAUCGGGCUGCGGAAGUCGUGGAGAAGAUGUGA